AUCUACAAGCGGAUGUGCUAUGGAGCGUUGACAUCGCCGCGGAGGCAACAUGGCGAACGCCGGUGGAGUAACCGUGGAUGGAGGAGACCUGAUGCGAUAUGCUGAAUAUGCUUCGAAAACAAACGUUAAGGGUGACGCAGAGAUAGACAGACGGCUGGGAGGGACUCUGAUCGCAGUCGGUCUCGGUGUGGCUGCUGCGGGCUUUGCAGGCCGCUAUGCAUUCCAGCUGUGGAAACCUCUUGGACAAGUCUUGUCUGAAACUGCCAAGAAGAUGCCCUCCUCAGCUUUCUCAUCGUAUUACAAAGGAGGUUUCGAGCAGAAGAUGUCCAAACGAGAGGCCAGCCUCAUCCUUGGCAUCAGUCCAGUCAGCACUAAGACCAAGGUACGUGAGGCCCACCGGAGGAUCAUGGUCCUCAACCAUCCAGAUAAAGGCGGGUCACCGUACCUCGCUGCAAAGAUCAACGAAGCCAAAGACCUUCUGGACAAGGAGACCCGGCGAUGACCUGCACUGUUAACAGACGUUUUUAAAACUUCCAUCACCUUCCAUCACCUUGUACAUGAUCUCAGCUUCAUAGUACUGCCCCAUUAGCAUGAACAUCACACCAAGGCAUCCACUCAGGCUCCUGGAGAUGGCAAAAAAAUGUGCUUUCAUGACAAUUUUCAUAACAGGAUUACAGAUCUUUCACAUAAGUUGUCAUUAUUGUGAACAUAUAAAUAUUUGUCUUAACCAAGCAUGAAGGUCAUUGACUUGAAAUAACUGACAAAGUUGUAGAGUUUAGUGGUACGUUUUCUACAGCAAGAAGUCGCUUAAAAAAAAGGUUCCAUUCUGCAACUGGAUUCAGGAUUUGUUAUGCUGUGUAUAAAAUAUUAUGUGUACAAAUGUCAGCAAGGUCAGCAACAAGGUAUUAUUUAAUAAUUAAUCUAUUUAGGGAACAAUAGAAUAAUGAAUUUAGAUAUUUCCACAUUUAAACAGUUAAUGUGAAAAUGGUGAAACUUUCUUUUUUAAAUAAACUUGAUU